AUGUCAUUUAAUGAAAAAGAUCAUGAAGAACAUCGUGAUCCUGAAAAAGAAUGUUUUAUGUGUCGUCAAGCAAAUGUCUAUAUAAAACCAAUUGGUAUGCAACAAGAACGUCGUGUAGCACGACGUCAUCCACCAUUAUUAACACGAGCACAAAUAGAAGAAUUAGGACAAAAAAAGAAUUUAACAAAAAAAGAAGCACGAAAAUUAUUACAAUGUUAUUUUCCUGAAAUAAAAAAUGUUAAAUAUUUUCAAUUACAUAAAUAUCAUUCAUGUUGUUAUGAUCCAAAACAUUUAAAUUUAUGUAAAAAUCAUAUCACAGCAUUACAACAUGAACGUGAACAACAUCCAAAUCAUCAAUUUUAUAAACACGAAACAGAUGAAGAUCAUUAUAAAGAAUAUGAAAGAGACGAUGGAUAUCAAAAUAGAGUUAGUUUUGUUAGAAUCAAAAUCGAACCAACUAAAGGAAUACCAACAAGAUUUCUUGCUCCAGCAGCUUUACCCGAAUCAUUAGCUGAUAUGCUUAUAAAACAAGUUAAUCGUCUAGAAAAUAAGAGGAAACCACCAUCAUUUGGUCCACCACCAGCAAAUGUUCUUCAAAUGCGAAAUCUUCCCAAAAUAGAACAGUCCAAUGAUUAUGGUAUUAGUACUUUAUCAGAACAUUGGACAAAUCUUGGUACUGAUGAUGACGAUGAUGAUAAUGAUGACCAUUAUAGUGAUAAUGAUAGUAACGAAGACACUAAGCAUCCUAAUACUACAGAUAGUGGUAUUCGUGGUUAUCAUGGUAACUUUAUGGGACGAUCACGGAUAAGUUAUGAAAAGAAAAUUCAAGCUAAACAAGAAAAAGAAAAAGACAAAUUAUUAAAAAUUAGUACAAAUGAGGAUUUAGUUGUUGAAGAUUUAGAAGAUUUAAAUAGUCUAUUUGUCAAUGAAAAAGAAUCAACAAUAAUUGAACAAACUAAACAGCCAACUAAAAAGAAAAAACGUAAGAAGAGAAGAAAAGUUCGUACUAAUCAUACACACGAUAAACCAAAAUUAAAUCAUUGGGAAAUCAUGGCAUUAGAUCAAUCAAAAAAAGAAACAUGUGGAUGUCGUCAUCAUGUUAGACGACUUGAAGCUAAUCAAGUUAUUUAUGAUUGGUGUCGAUGUAAAGAUCAUCAACAUAAAGAAUUAAAAGAAAAACAAAAGUCUACACCAAUUCCUGAACAACCAAAACAAAUUACUCCAUCUCCAAAAGUACCGAAAGUAGAAACAAAAAACAUUGGUAUUAAUGCAACAGAACCUACAACAACUGAACUUGCUUUAGCUUAUGAUCCAUCAACAGUUGAUUAUGAUGUAAUUCAAGAAGCAGUCUAUUUUCGAACAUCAUCUGGAAGAUUGGUUAAACCGGAAAUAACGAAUUCAUUUACUUAUGAUAAUAUAACAUCAUCGACAGAUCUUAAUCAUCAUAAAACAUUACCAAAUAAACCUCAAGUUUUGUAUAUGACAGUUCAAGGUCAACUUCAACCACUUGAAAAUGAUAGAAACCGUCAACAGAAAAGUCGUUUAUCACCUAUAGGUUCAAUUACUGCAUCAAAUCAAGAAUCUGUAUUUAAUAGUCAAUCAUUCAUCAAUGCUCGAGUUCCAUCAGCAAAUAAUAGAACUAAUGAAGUGAUUCGCGUAACAAAAAAAAACACUCCACCUAUAACAAUAACAGGAGGACUUUAUGGAGACAAUGAUGAUGAUGAAGAGGAAUCAACGGAACGUUUUUCAUAAGUAACAAAAUUAAUCAGAGAAUUGCAGUGUGAAAGUGAUCAUGAAAAUAUAGUUAGAAUAUUCAAAGAAAUUGCAAAGAAAAAUUGGGAUAUGCAUUUUCUAACAAUAAAUGCAAUUGUCAAUUGGGAAUUAUUUCCAACAAAACCACCAUUAUGA